AGAAUCGCCAGUCCUUGGGUGACGUCAUCAUUACCGCGCCGUCAGGUCCUUCGAAUGAAUGAGUGAGGCGCGUAAGCAGCGCUGGACCUGUAGUUCAUGUGGUAAAGUGUUUAGAGCUGAAUCGUUGGUCAUUCAUAUUAUAUCGGGUUACUAGCAUUGUUCUCUGAUGGAGGAGGUAGAUGUGGAGCCGACAGUCACAAAUAUUCCUGCAGCCAGUGAUGGGAAGCAUUUGGGAUUUGCAUGGGGUCCGGGGGACAUCCUUGUGUACGAGACUCUCUACAAAGGGUCAGACGCUAAAGGAUCAGGCUGUUCCUUCAUCCACGAAGUCAGGAAAGAUGAGGAUAUAUAUUCCCCCAUUUUACGCAAACUCUUCAAUGAGUCUCAUCACAUCUUUGUUGGCCUGCAGACAAUUAGAGAGGACCUCCCCAGCAAGAACAAAAAAAACCAAUUUGUCAGCAUCAGUAAAAAUUACAGAUCUGUGAUACGAGCCUGUAUGGAGGAGCUUCAGCAAGUUGCAGUUUCUACGAAAGAAGCAGCAGUAGCCACGCAAUAUGGAAACCAGGUUUCCAUUCUGUUGGCCAUAGAACUGAUCUGGAAUCUGUGUGAAGUGCUCUUCAUUGAUGCUGCACCCGCGGGUUCCCUGUUGCUCCACCUCCUAGACUGGGUAAGGUUACACAAGGCUGAUGUGGAUGAGAAGGCCAGAGAGGUGCUGCAGAGUGAGAGCCCUGCUGAGCACCGCGACUACUGGGAUGUGGUGGUGAGUUAUGUGCUGCAGGGCAGGUUGGAGGAAGCCAGGCAGAUGCUGGUGAAGCAGGCCGCCCUGCAGCCUGCUGCCAGGAGCAUGUACAAGCUGAUUGACACUUUGCUCAGCAGGAUGCCCUUCUACAAUCCUGGUGGCAAUCAGACGCUGACAGAGUUUGACGUGAAGUGGAGACACUGGCAUGACGAGGUGAACCGCUGCCUGCAGGACAACUCGUUUGCCAGCAAUCGACACCUGGAGAUCAUCUGCAAGAUCCUAGCGGGGGACGAAGACACGUUGCUGGAGCACAAGGAGCUGCUGAGCACCUGGUACCACUUCCUGGUCACUAGGCUGCUCUUCAGCCACCCCACAGUCAAACCCACCGAGUUACAUUACUAUGCACAGUCAUGCCUGACCAUGUUUCUGGACUCGAGGAGCGUUCCAGAGCCUUUGGACAACAUUUUACUGGCUGCUUUUGAGUUUGACAUUCAUCAGGUCAUCAAAGACUGCAGCAUUGCUCUCAACAACUGGUGGUUUGUGGCCCAUUUGACGGAUCUGUUGGAUCACUGCAAACUCCUCCAGUCUCACAAUCUGCACUUUGGCUCCAAUUUGAGAGAGUUCCUCCUGUUAGAAUACGCUUCUGGUCUCUUUACUCAUCACAGUCUGUGGCAGUUGGCAGUGGAUUACUUUGACCACUGCCCAGAGUUUGGCCACGUCUACCUGGAGCUGCAGAUCGAGCGGGUUCCUUUAGACACCGAGCGCAAAGCCCUCAAGGUGCUCAGGAUCUGUGACCAGAGGCAGAUGUCCGAGCAAGUGCGCAGCAUCUGCAAGAUCAUGGCUAUGCGCGCCCUGCGGAAUAACAGACUGGGCUCUGCUCUCUCCUGGAGCAUCAGGGCCAAAGACGCUGCCUUUGCCACGCUCAUUUCAGAGAGGUUUCUACAGGAUUACUGCACCAGAGGAACCUUCUCCGAUUUGGACCUGAUCGACAACUUGGGUCCAGCAAUGCUGCUCAGCGACAGGCUCACUUUCCUCGGGAAGUACCGGGAGUUCCACAAGCUGUACGGGGAGAAGCGCUUCGGCGAGGCGGCCAAGCUGCUCCUCUCGCUCAUGACGGCCAAGAUCGCCCCCCGCAGCUUCUGGAUGACGCUGCUGACCGACGCCCUGCCGCUGCUGGAGCAGAAAGAGGUGAUCUUCUCGGCAGACCAAACCCACGAGCUGAUGUUCUGUUUAGAGGAGCUCACCUCCUGCCUGAACGCCUCAGCGCUCGGCUCACCGAAGACCUCGCAGGAUGAAGACAUUGAGCUGACCAAAGUGGAGCUCCUGAGACUCUCUCUGGCCCGGAAUCUGGCCAUGGCGAUUAUUAAGGAAGGAACCGUGGAAGCGUGAAUGAUGACGUUGAACGGAAUGCUCCUCUUUUGACAUUUUUGUAUUGUAUAUAAAGUUCAAGUAAUCAAAAUAUGGUAUUUGAUAAUAAAACUCUUUUCAUUAUGUUUAUAAAAACAAAA